GGUGUCGCCGAAAACGGCGUGUCGGUUGUUUUUAGGUUUCUCUCUGUUGUUAUUGAAUUUGGAAAGAAAACGGUCAUUUUUGUAACUUAUAUUAAAAAAGAUAUUUCAGUAUUCAUUUUUUGUAUUUUAGAAUGGAAUGUUCAGUGGAAAGAUAUAAUCAUCAUGUUUGUGUUCGUUAAGAUAUUUAUAACACUUUACUAUGGAGACUGUUACACACUUGUGGAAUGUCAAUCAAUUUAUGGUAAAGUUGAAGUGCCCACUUACCACGGAAUUACAAACAUUUUAUAUGCAAAAGUGUAAAAACUUCAAGGAUGAAGUUGAAUUACCGAAGCAAAAGUUUGGGCCAUCUGUAAUGUGUAUACAUUGCGGAUCACUUUGGAAUACUAUGAAUUAUCAAGCUCGGAUCAUACCUGGGCGGAAAAUGUCCAAGUCGGUUAAGAAAAUUGUUAAGAAUAUGAAUGAAGGUGAUAAGGAUAUUCCAAAGGUACGAGCUUCCUUAGCACAGAAAUCUAUAAAAAAUGAGAUGAAUAAAUUGGUUAUUAAGUGUGCUGUCUGCUCUAAGCAGACUAAGUUACCAUUUAAAAAGAAAGAUCGACUAAAACCAAUUAAAGCCAAGUUGGAAGACUCUCACACAGUGCCACAGAAUCGUCGUAAGAAGAAAAAGAAGAAAUAUAGGGACAAAACCGCAGGCUUGAAUAUUUCAGGUUGCAUAUCGGAGUCGCCGUUAAAUAAGAAAAUUGAUGGUAAAACAUUGACGAAAUCAAUCGUAAACACAUCUAAAAUGAAAAACCAAAAGACGUUAAAUAGUUCUACUAAAAAGGCUAAAAAGUUAAAUAUAGCGCGAUUAAGAAAUAUUGUAAAUGAUAGUACGACAACACCAAAGAGUAAGAGUUUGCACAGUUUUCUGGCGGAAUUAUAUUAAAAAUCGCGAUAAACUAAUAAUAAAUUUGAAUUAAAUAAUACAUUAAAAUGAAUAAUACAUUUAAUUCUGUAAUAUUUCUCGAUAAUGCACGUAGUGAUAAUAAAUAAUUGAGAUAAUAUUCGGAAACGACUAUUAGGACUCGAAUCGAAAUUCUCCAAUUAUCCUGUCUGAUAUUUGGAGAUAAGUCGGCUCUAUUUAUUCUUACAACAUUCCAGAAUGCGUGUAAUGAAUUUUUUUUCGAUU